AUGGGCAGCCUUCAACCAUGGGAGCAGACAGUCGCAAAGAAACGUGCUCUGCGCGACCAGGCACUCAAUCCGUAUUUUGUCUCUGACAUUGACAACCGGCCGCCUCGGGUCCGCUCUGUUUCGAAUCGCUCUUGUCUUGAACAUGACCCGCUGGUGCAGGAGAUAACAAACAUUGACAAUAUUCCGGCCCUGGUAGAGCAGCUCCGGAAAGGCCGCUUUACUGCUGAGCAAGUCACUUUCGCGUAUAUCAGAAGGGCUACUGUAGCUCACCAGCUUACAAAUUGCAUUACGGAGGUCAUAUUCAAUGAUGCCUUGGCCCAAGCUCGAGAACUGGACAAGGUGUUCAAAGCAACAGGAAAGCUCAUAGGACCCCUGCACGGUGUACCAGUUACAGUCAAGGAUCAGUUCAACGUCAAGGGCUAUGACUCGACUAUCGGCUACGUUGGCCGGUCAUUCUCUCCCGCGUCUGAGGAUGCAGUUUUGGUUCAGAUGCUCAAGAAAAUGGGGGCCAUUAUCCUGGCCAAAACGAACCUACCGCAAAGCAUCAUGUGGGCGGAAACAGAGAAUCCACUAUGGGGUUUGACAAUCAAUCCUCGUGACCCUGCGCUCACACCUGGCGGCUCUACUGGCGGCGAGGCUGCGCUGCUUGCAUUGCAUGGUUCUAUCUUGGGGUUUGGUACAGACAUCGGCGGUAGUAUUCGAAUCCCGCAAAGCAUUCUGGGAUUGUAUGGAUUCAAACCUAGCAGUGGCAGGCUGCCCUAUCGCGGCGUCCCCGUCUCCACGGAGGGCCAAGAGCACGUUCCCUCAUCCGUUGGGCCAAUGGCCCGCGAUAUCAACUCAAUAUACUAUAUAACUCGGCUUCUAACCAGUUCUCGCCCCUGGGAUCUAGAUCCAAGAUGCGCAAACCUGCCGUGGAAUGAAAGCGUCUUCCGGGGCAUACAGUCCCGGCCACUGGUAAUAGGUUUGAUUCUGGACGAUGGGGUGGUAAAGAUACAUCCUCCCAUCGAACGUGCGAUGCGAGAACUUGCAGCCAAGCUCGAAGCAAACGGCCAUGAACUUGUCACCUGGAAUACAUCGGACCACCUCAAAUGCAUAAGUCUGAUGGAUCGAUACUAUACCGUUGAUGGAGGAGAGGAUGUGCGUCGCGAUGUCGCUGUCGCCGGAGAGCCGUUCAUUCCCCACGUCGAAGCAUUGGUGAAUCGCGGAAAGCCCAUUUCAGUCUACGAGUACUGGCAGAUGAAUACGGAGAGGAAUAAUCUGCAGAAGAAAUACCUGGACGGUUGGAAUGCAGCUCGCUCACCAUCUGGGAAACCUGUUGAUGUCCUACUUAGCCCGACGAUGCCACAUGUUGCCGUGCCUCACCGGAGCGUGCGCUGGGUUGGGUAUACCAAGAUCUGGAAUCUCCUUGAUUACCCGGCCAUCACUUUCCCUGUGGACAGAGUUAGGGCAGAUAAGGAUGUCCUUCCGCCAGACUAUCGGCCGAGAAAUGACCUUGAUGCAUGGAAUUGGAGUCUUUAUGACGCCGAGGCUAUGGAGGGUCAACCCGUUAACCUGCAGGUAAUUGGGAAACGGCUAGAGGAAGAGAGCUUACUGGGGGCUGCUACAGUGAUUGAGCGGAUUUGGCGGAGUUAG